AUGGCGACUGCUCAGAAGCAAAGGAGUUCGAUGAAUGCAGUUGUAUUUCCUAAUAAAAUAUCUACUGAACAGCAGUCUUUGAUAUUAGUGAAGAGGCUCCUGGCAGUAGCCGUAUCCUGCAUUACAUAUCUAAGAGGAAUCUUUCCUGAAAGUGCCUAUGGAACAAGAUACUUAGAUGAUCUCUGUGUCAAGAUUCUGAGGGAAGACAAAAACUGUCCUGGGUCUACUCAGCUGGUGAAAUGGAUGUUAGGAUGCUAUGAUGCCUUGCAGAAGAAAUAUCUAAGAAUGAUUGUCCUAGCGGUCUACACCCAUCCAGAAGAUCCUCAGACAAUUACAGAAUGUUACCACUUCAAAUUCAAGUACACCCAGAACGGGCCACUCCUGGAUUUCAGCAGUAAAAAUAAACGAAACGAUUCCACAAUCACAUGUGCAGACACAAAGAAAGCAAGUGUCCUCCUCAUUCGCAAGAUAUAUGUUCUGAUGCAAAACCUGGGUCCGCUACCAAAUGAUGUUUGCUUGACUAUGAAGCUGUUUUACUAUGAUGAAGUUACACCACCUGAUUACCAGCCUCCUGGCUUUAAGGAAGGUGAAUGUGAGGGCAUGAUAUUUGAGGGGGAGCCAAUGUGUCUAAACGUGGGUGAAGUGCCAACACCUUUUCAUAUGCUGAAAGUUAAAGUUACAACUGAAAAACAACGAAUGGAGAAUGCUGAUAAAAGCAUACUAAAGCAAGGAGACACUAAUGUGCCUCUACAGGUGCUCAAACUGGACAAAGAUGAUACAGAAGAACAGAACCAGCGCAUGCAUGAAGAUCCGGUCUUGGAUAAUAAAGUGGAAGAUAGGAAAACCAUAAAUAUUUCGGAAGCUGAAGAACCAAAUUUAACUUGUGAAGAAGACGAAAUUACAAAGGCCGAAGAGAAUCUGAAUCCGUAUGUUUCCAAUCGCCAGGUCGAUCAUUUAGCGCAUAAGACAUCUGAACUUCACAUGUCAGAGAGCAGGACAAGAAGUGGAAAGAUAUUUCAAAGCAGCGCUGUUCAUCAAUUUGAACUCUUCUCUAGUCAAGAUGUGCUACCAAAAAGGAGAAAAAUUAGUGAACCAAAGGAGCAGUUUUAGACAUCCAUCUCCCUGCUGUUCACAGAAUUCACCUCAAUAUUGCUUCGAUUCGUUGUUUAAUAUGAAUGUUAAUAUUUAAAUACCAUUUGGGGAUCUUUCCUGUUUGAUUUGUAGUCGAAAUGUAGUGUAUUUUAUAUCUAAGGGAAAAAAAAAAUCUGUCAAGCCCAGUUGAAGAAAUUGUAAGUUUUUUUUUUUAUAGAAAUGUGUAUUGCCAUCUGGAAAGAUAGAAGGUACUUAGCUAAUGAUGCAAUCUCUGAAAAAAACAUCCAUAACAAAGAUGAUUUGGGGGGAUUUGAUUCUCUGCUAACACUGUGUGUGUGCCCAUUAACUGAAACACGAGGAUAUUUCGCUGAUCGCUUUAUCUGGGCUGUAUUUAAAACUCGGGAACUCCUUGUUCGGAACCUACCCAACAGGGCGUUAAAAACUGAGCUCUCGGGUUAAUUUCUGGAGCUUUAUCAAGCAGGUUCAGGAGAACUGUGUUGUCAGUUACAGCAAUAUUACAGAUUUUCUUUUUACUACAUAGUAAGCAGAACUACUGGAGGUUUAGGUGGCCUGAUUCCAUGUAUUUCCUCCAGACUCAAGGCACCAGACUCGAGAUAAAAAGCAUUAUUCAUAUCUUCAUAUUUCACACCAAAAUGCAGGAUUUGCAUAGAGCUGUGAUGUGAUCUGUGUGUAAUUACAAGCAAAGUGCUAAUCUGUGGCAGGCAUCUAUUAUAUUAGUGUAAGAUGGAAAAACUUGAAAAACAAACCUAUAUGUAUGUGAAAUGAUUAAUUGCAGGAGUCAAAGGGUGCCAUUUUUAUUCUUCCUAAACAAUUAAUUGUUACUUUUUGUGUACUGUGAGUGAAUUGGAGUGAAGCUGUUUAUGCAUGGCUAAGGGCUACUGCUGUGUUUAAACUGGAUAUGAA